AUGGGUGCUGUGAUAUCACCUUCAUGUUAUACACAUCUAUAUCAACGCCGUACACCGUUACAGUGGGCUGCAAAAAAGGGUGGCCUAGCCAUGGUGGAGUUUCUUCUUGAGAGAGGUGCAGCACCAGGGGCGCUGAUUUGUGAGCAUCUGACAGCGUUGGAUUUUGCAUUGAUGAAUGACCAUGAAGAGUGUGUAAUGCCUAUGUUGGAGAAAGGCACGCGUUCUAAAUUAGAAACUUUCCUAAACAAAGCAGUGAGGUUUGGCCAGUCGGGCAUUGUGUGUCUGCUGCUUGAGAAAGGUAUGGAUGUGGAUAUCAAGGGCUUGGAUGGUAGAACUGUCCUCCAAAAUGCAUUGAUGGUGUACAAGAACCACCAUGUCUUGAAAGAAUUGCUGAAGUCCCGUGUUGGGGCCGAGGGUCGGACCUUUGACCGAAGAACUGCACUACACUAUGCAGCACAUCUUGGGAAUGAGGAGAUCGUGCGGCUACUCUUAGCUAAUGGGGCUAAUGCUUCUGCCAAAGAUAUAACUGGGUUUCGACCUUUGCAUUCUGCUGCAGGUGCCUGGGCGGCCUAUUUUGAAUGCCGAAAAGACCUAGUUGAAAAUCGUCUAAGAAUCAUCGGAUUGCUUCUGGAGAAAGGCGCCCAAGUCUCAAAUACCAAUGUUUUUGGGUGGAAUGCAUUGGAUUAUGCAAGAUGCCUGCGCAAUGUUGGCAACCAUUGGAGAAUUGUAUCACUUCUGGAGCAAAAGCAGGAUUAA